AUGGACCCCCUCAGCAUUACUGCAGCUACUAUUGCCAUAAUCGGGUCCAUAUCCUCAACUUAUAACACUAUCCAGCAUCUUAGAGGUCUCCCAAAGGCCUUUAAAGAAGUGGGUCAGAAUCUUCCUCUCGUGAAGGAGACCUUGGACCUUGCUCGUGGCCAACUCCAAACCACAUCCGAUGAGUCGGUCAAGAAGGCAAUCGAGCCUGUCAUCACUGCCUGUCAAGAGAGGGCCAUAGAAUUAAAGGAUAUAUUCGAUAAACUCGACAAGGCGAUGGAGCAGCAAAAGGAUGCAAACGAGUGGUCUGCCCUUGUCAAUCUCUAUCGUAAAACGGUGGUCUAUCUGGGGAAAUCGCACAAAGUUGAGACGCUCAUGCAGGAAUUGCUAGACAACUUGAGAUGCUUGGCAAUUCACCAGCUAUUUAAGGUGAACAAUCAGGGGCUGGCCACGAAGCUGGAGAACGCCAUCAAUGAACUCUCAGCUGUGGAGCCGUCCCUACCAGACUCGGAUUUCGAGACGAAGGAGGUGAACGUUACGCAGACCAACUCGGACAACGCAAGAGGGUUCGUUUCCACAGGUGGACAUCAGGAAAAUACAAUGGGACAUAAGUUCCAUUCUGCCGGCAACAUGAGUUUUGGUAUGGAUUUCAUGAAUAUAUUAAAUAAGGGCUGA